AUGCCGAUUCCUCAGGAGGGGCCAUUGCUGGAGCAUCUUCGCGGGCACGAGAGACGUGAUCAGAGGGAUGGCGAGAGCGAAAUCUCCUCGCCUUCUUGCUCGAUGGAGGGUAAGGUGCAUGUUGCUGUGGGGAGCGAUCUGAGGGAGAAUGUCAAGAAUUUGAUGUGGACUCUGAGAACGUUCAAACUGUGCAAGAUCGUCAUCCUUCACGUUCACCAACCCAAUCACCUCAUUCCUGCUCCGUUUGGAGGAGGGAAGAUGCACUCAAGCAAAGUGAACUCCACGGGAUUAAACGCAUACAGGCAACGUGAAUGGGAGGAAGUGAAGAAGACCAUAAAUGGAUACAUGAGACUCUGCAAAUUGGAGAAUGUGGAAGCAGAGCCUCUGAUCUUGAGAUCAGAAGAUGAGAUUCAGAAUGUAAUAGUGGAGGCAAUUGUUCAGCAUGGGAUAGAGAAGCUUGUCAUAGGUGCGGCAGCGGACAGAAGAUAUCCAAGGCUGCAGAGAGGUAUGAAUGUGCCAACCUCCAAGAAGGCCCUUUACGUCAAUCUCCGCGCUCCCUCCUCCUGCAAGAUAUGGUUCGUCUGCAAGGGAAGGCUCGUCUCCACCGCCCGCGACUCCCUCGCCGAUCAUCACUGUAGCCACGCCGGCGGCAGCCGCGACGAAUCCCUCGACUCCUCGCCAGAGGCGGCCUUCGUGGCUUCCUCCAACAGAUUGCCUGCUACCUACUUGCCCAUGGCCGGGGACCAGCAGUACUUCUCUCAGGCGCACCCCAACUCCCCAAGCUCCAUCUGGUUCUCUCCUCAGCGGCCCCACCACCGGUUGGACCUGUCCCGAAGCAGUUCAGGUAGCUCCUUGGAGACGGUUCGGUCGUUGAACGACGAAAUUGUCCAAGAAAUCAUUCAGCAGCAGGAGCCGGCCAUUGCAGAUGACGGCCAAGCCGUUGAUCAAUUUGCCUCUGCCCAGACUGCAGAUAUUGAUGCCUCUGAUGAUGAAGAGUUUAAAGAGAUGGAAGAAUUGUUUGAUCGAUUUAAGAGAGCAAUGGAAGAGACACAGAAUUCAAAGAAGAGGGCCAUACUUAAAGAAAGGCUGACCAAAGCUUAUCUGGAAAGAGAGCAGGAGAAGAGGAGAGAAGCAGAAAACUUGUUGCUUGCGAAAAGGCUCCUGCUUGAAAAGCAUAUAAAGAAGGAGCAAGGUAUGAAGAUGGAACUUCGAAAUAUGUCGUCACAGAAGUCUUUGCUCGAGGCAUUAAAUCAAGAGCUUUUUGAGCGGCUGGAGAGGUUGCACCAACAAAAUGAUGAUGAUGAGAGAAAGCCUGAGGAGAUGUCCUUUGGAGAAACUUCUGUAGAACCGCAGUGGUUGAGUGAGUUUACACAUUCAGCAUUGGUCGAAGCAACCGGUAACUUUGAUCCUGCACUAAAAAUAAGAGAAGGGCGAUUUGGAACAGUGUACAAAGGCCGAAUUGGACAUGCCACUAUUGCCAUUAAGAUGCUAAAAGAAGAAGACGGCCUUCGAUUGAAUGGGGGGGAAGAGUUUAAAGAACAGGUAAAAAUUCUCAGCGGACUGAAGCAUCCUCACCUUCUCACCUUGAUCGGCAUGUCCUCUGAGCCCCGGGCUCUCGCCUAUGAGUACCACUCAAAGGGUAGUCUAGAGGAUCGAUUGCAAUGUAAGAGAGGAUCGCUACCUCUCACAUGGCAAACCCGAACACGUAUCAUAGCUGAGAUUUGCUCGGCCCUCCUCUUCCUCCAUUCUGCAGGAUUCGUCCAUGGCGACUUGAAACCCACAAAUAUUUUUCUCGAUGCCAACUUCCUUGCGAAAGUUGGCAAUGUUGGCAUUUAUCGACUAUUCAACAAUGAAAACCCAGUGGGGAUCAGUACCUUUGCUGACGGAUCAGGGAAUGAGGAGAACUUUGCAUAUGUAGACCCUGAACUUGUUGCAACAGGGAAAGCAUUGCCUGAAUCUGAUGCCUAUUCCUUUGGCAUGAUCAUCUUACGGUUGCUCACCGGGAAACCCGUUUCCUGGAUAGCAGCUGAAAUCCAAAAAAUGCAAUCUGCUAUGGAAUUGUUAGCAUCGAUCGAUCCGGCUGCCGGCGAUUGGCCGUUCAUUAAGGCCAUACAGCUUGCCAAACUAGGAUUUGACUGCUGCAAAGUGAACGGCCAAGGACGGCCAGAUUUACGGUCUGAAGUUUGGAGCGUCUUGGAGCCAAUGAGAGCCUCACUAUUUCCAUUGCCUGUGGGGCAAACACUUGGUGAAGCUAAGCAGCCUCCCACAUAUUUCAUUUGCCCAAUUUUCAGGGAAAUUAUGAGAGACCCACAAGUGGCAGCAGAUGGUUACACCUAUGAAGGCGAUGCAAUACGCGGAUGGAUAGAGGGUGGGCAUGUGACAUCUCCGAUGACCAAUUUGAAGCUUAGCCAUCUUAACCUGACUCCAAAUAGCACGCUUCGGUUUGCAAUCCAAGAAUGGCUUGAACAGUGUUAACAGUUUGUUGGUGUCUUACCGGUACUUUUGCUUUGAGUAAAUUGAAAAAGGAGAAAAAAGGAAAGAACGAAAAAGAAAGGCCUGGCAUCCCUGAAGACUAUUAUUGUGUACUUGGAGUUGACACUUGCAACAAGAACCAGGCCAACCACCGUUGGUAGUGAAGAAAGUAGAAUAACUUAAGUACCAUUGUGGGCUUUAUAGUACUUCAGUCAUGGAGACAUGAAUGUAUGCUUUAAUCCUACA